UUGCACCUUCGCGUUCCUUCCCUUUAUUCACACAAAGUCAAAUACUCUUCACGUUCCAAAAUAAAUAUCCAAACAUAAUAAACAUAACACAACCCAUACACAUAACAAAAUUCAACUUCUCCGCCGGCGAUCCUAUGUCCACGUCAUCACCACCACCACCACCACCACAUCCUCCUCCGCCUCAAACAAACAAGAAACAGACUUCCACCGUCAUCACUGGUUGCUCUUUCUUCUUCGCGCUUCUUCACUGCCUCCGCAACGAAAAACGAACUACUCCAUCCUCCGACUCAGACUCCAACUCUCCUCAUCCCUUCUCCUACUCCCUCCUCCGCCGCGCAACAAACUCCUUUUCCAAUAUCCUCGGUCACGGCGGAUUUGGUCCUGUGUACUCCGGAACGCUACCUUCCUCCGGUAAACUAAUCGCGGUCAAGCUUAUGGACUCUUCUACCUCCUCCCUCGGCUGCCAAGGCGAACGCGAAUAUCACAACGAACUCUUCUUCGCCGCCAGACUCCAUUCCAACCUCCUCGUUCCCGCCAUCGGUUUCUCCUCCGAUCCAAAACACCGUCGUUUUCUUCUCGUCUAUGAUCUCAUGAAAAACGGUAACCUCCACGACGCGCUCUUCCGUCGUAAAUUCCCCGAGUUAACGCUAUGGAAAACGCGGUUUUCCAUAAUCCUCGAAAUCGCGAAAGGAAUCCAAUAUCUUCAUUCUUGCGAUCCACCAAUCAUUCACGGUGAUAUCAAACCUAGUAACAUUCUCCUUGAUCAUUCCUUUUCGGCUAAAAUCGCCGAUUUCGGUCUCGCCAGGUUGAAAACCCUAUCCUCUUUCGAAUUCAGAAGAGAUGAAUUCGAGAGUGAUGAGACGGAAAUUGAGAGUGUUAACACUAGCUUUGAGGAAUAUGAAACCGACACGGUUGGUGUUGUUGGUAGUAGAAAUAGAAUGAAGAAGAGUGGGAGUGUGAAGGAAUAUGUAAUGGAUUGGAUUGGUAAAGAAGUGAAGGAGGAAAGUUCAAAGAAUGGUGGAAAGGGAGAGAAAAGUAAGAGCAAGAAGAAACUGGAGUGGUGGGAAUCAAUGGAAGAGGGAGAUGGAAAGGGUGGUUUGAAUUUGAAGAAGGAGAAGAGAAGACCAGCAAGGGAAUGGUGGAAGGAAGAGUAUUCUCAAGAGCUCACCAACAAGAACAAGAAGAAAACGGGUGGAAAGAAUGGCGAUAAUUGGUGGAAAUGGGAGAGAGAUCGCGAUGAUGUUGAUGCGAAAAAACGCAGUAGUAAAAGCCGUAGCAGAAAGGAUCGUGGUAGCGAUGAUUCAUGGUUGAGUGGCGAGUUAAGGAGAGUUAAUUGGAAUAGCUAUGAUUCAUGUAAUAGCGGAGAAAUUCACAAGAGUGGUGAAAUCAGCAGCACAACAAGUAUGAGAGGAACUGUUUUUUACGUUGCGCCUGAAAAUGGUUAUAGCGGCGGUGGCGAUGUAACAGAGAAAUGUGAUGUUUAUAGUUUUGGUGUGCUAUUGCUUGUUAUUGUUUCUGGGAGGAGACCUCUUCAGGUGAAUGAUGGUGUGCAUGUUUCUGAGUUUAAGAGAGCGAAUUUGGUGUCUUGGGCUAGACAUUGUGGGCGGAAUGGGAAACUGCUUGACCUUCUUGAUCCUUGUGUUGAGUUGUUGUUAGUGGAUGAUAGAGAGCAGGCUCUAUUGUGUAUCAAAGUUGCAUUGGUUUGUUUGAUGAAAUCGCCUAAUCGUCGUCCUUCGAUGAAAGAAGUUUUGGGAAUGCUUAGCGGUGAAUUGGAACCACCGCAAUUGUCACAUGAGUGUUCGCGGACCCGAUUCCAAUUCAAAAAUCGGAAAGAAAGUUUGUGAUCGUGAAUUAUAAUUAUUUUGAUAGUCGUCGUCACGUCUAAAGAUUUUUGUAUUAUAGACAUUUUUGAAAGUGUCUCAACGUCCGACACUUGAUUACAUUUAAUUUAUUUAACAUUAUCUUUGUCAAUAAUGUGUUUCAGAAAAAAAUCUUUAGAUCUAGGACAUAAACAUUUGGGGAGGUUGAGUUCUCAUGAAAUUUUUCAUGAGGAUACUAUAUUUUUUGGACAUCAUGUAGGCUCCAUUUCUUUCUUUCACAUAUCCUUAGGAUUGAUUUUUAUGUACAGAGAACCAUGUUCUUUCACAUUGACUUUUAGGCGUGUCAUGAAAAAUAAUGCUUUAGUAUAAAGUCAUUUUUGUAGUUCACAUAACUUUUGAUAAGGAAAAAAUUGGUUACCUUUUAAAUAUCUAGUUAUUCUUUUGAGUA